AGGUGGUUACUACAGCAGCCACAAUUCCUCGAUCUGCAUUCUAGAACCCAUCCACUCUCCAAACUAACUUUCUCUGUCUGCCAGACAGCCAAGAACUUCUCAACAGCCCUUCUUACUUGGAUGAACUUUUCUGAUCAACAUUUCUUUUCUUUUUUUCCCCUCUUUUUUAAUUGUUGUUAUCUGUGGUAUUUAUCGGCAAGUUUAUCAAUCUUUAUUGAUUGAUUAUCUGUGAAAAGAGAUGGCUGACUUCCCAUCCAAGGUAACCACGGAGACGAGCCCGCCACAACCCAACCAGGGCUUUGCCAUCUCUGCCUUCUUGGACCUGGACUUCAUCAAAACCAUCCCUGCAAUACUCAUGAUGGCUGAGAUCGUGCUGGGCCUGCUGGUGUGGGCAUUGAUCGCUAGUACCACAUACACGCUUGUGCCAGCCUUUGGCUGGGUGAUGUUUGUCAGUGUGACCCUCUGGAUCCUCACCAUUGUCCUCUUUGGCAUGCUGCUCGGUGGCGUACACCACAAACUGACCUCUGUGCCCUGGCCGCUGGUGGUGAUGGUGUUUAACGGGGUGGCAGCGGUGCUGUACCUGACAGCAUUUCUGACUAACGCAGCUUCCAUCCAUUACUAUCGCCUUUUCAUUCACUUUUACAACCACACAGCUGCUGCUGCUUUCUUCGGCAUUGUGGUGACUCUGACAUAUGGAGCGAGUGCCUUCUUCUCCUACCUGGCGUGGAAGGGGGAUGAAGGGAACGCAGCCAGCAACACUGUGCCGGUGUAGGAGCAACCCUUCCCUACAGAGGCCUGACCCCUGACCCUCUGGACACACUAGACUCCACUGCACUGCAGUCUACACUGAAAGACUGGUACACAACAGAAACAUUGCCAGCCAGUGGGACUCUGUAAAAAUACAGAGAAAAAUACUUAAAACCCCUCACUGCACAAGACAAGCUCCCUCAAGCACUUGUUGUGUGCUGGAUGUAUACUGUUUACCGUUGACCUACCGUUGGCUGUUUUCUCUGUGUAUAGGAUGAUGUAUUUCAUAAACUGGCUCCUUGGCAGCUUUCUGAGUCUUGACUAUGGUUGCUGUGUGCAUGACGCCAACAGACGUAAAACUGGCAUCCCACGGCAACUAUUGCUAUGCCGACAGCUGUUAAUCAUUCAGAUACGUUUUCAUGUUGGCAGUACAGCAUUGCACAGUACUGUACUUUCAUUCUAUAUGGCUGUGGUUAUACUGGACGGUAGAGAGCUCUGUCACAGGAGCUAGCACGCAGAGCUAAAGGUCGGUCAGGGGGUGGAUAGAGACUUAACUGACUUGUGACUGACCUGUGUCCACUCUAGACCAAACAUGAAAUUAUUCAUUUAUUUAUAAAGCAGUAAUGUGCCACUCGAUAUGCAGUAUCCCUUUUAUACAAAUAUCAGUUUGAAGACCUAUGUAAGUUUGAGUUUAGGAGCUGUUGGUCCCAACUUAUCAGUACUUAAAAUAAAUAAACUAGAAUGUGAUUUUACAGAA